AUGCCCUUAGAAUCCCCCGGUACUGAUAAUGCUAGCAUAAAGGAGGUGUCUAAGCGGCUCUGUAUCAUUAGCGGAUUCCUCGUCUGUACCAUCAAAGCUGGAACGCUCAAAAUAGUGAGUCCAUAUACUCCCUCCCUGAGACUUACACAGUCUGAAAAGCGCACAAUGAGGGGAAUUCCUCUUCGCGACAUUGAGGAACUCCUUCAUCACGAAUCGGACCUCUUUCCUUGCAAUUGUGAACGUCUGUUCGAAGCAUUGGCGACGGAGAAAAAACACUUUUAUGGCAAAAUGUGGAACAUGAAGGUCGUAGACCCCCAUGACAUGCGAAGACCCGCCAAAGAUAUUUUGGAAGUGCCUGUUAUAGGAAUUGUGUUUCCGGAAAAAGUCAACAAGUAUUUGUUUUAUUCACCGAAGGCACUUGUACAGAUUCCGUCGACAAAGUAUGGAGGGCCUUCAGCUGGGAGUACCAGUAGAUUUUAUUCUCCGGAAACGAAGGGCAUGAAAAAAGGAAUUGCGAAGACUUCCCAACAGGCCAAACACGACGUGAACUCCAGCAAAAAAAUUGCGCAAUGUGUGGAGCACCAUGAGGAACAUGAGCCGGGAUUUAGAUUUAUACAUUCUCGGCCUAGCAUUCCGUCUAGAGUCUCACAGGAUGCAAGGUGUACCCAUUUUUCUUUAGUCGGAUGCACCGAUAUUUUUCACGCUCUAAAAUUCGGGGCAGAUGAGCGCAAGGAUCUUUUGAUGUAUGGCCUGGACGCUCGAUUUUUCGGGAACAUUGAAAUGUACAAACAACAGUUGUGGCAAUACGCGGGGUGUUUGGAGGUCUCACACGCAUCAUGUUUAUCCUACAGCUCACACAGAUUGCUAGAAGCGCUUGCUUUUGUAUCAAGCGUGUUUCCACCAGAAAAAUACAAUGAGGAAUAAAGUUUUGCAGCGUACAUGGGCUGCCGAGUUGGCAGCGGAGGCUUCAUGAGCUUAUGGAUGAUGUGCUGCAGAGCUAUAGUGUGGUGUAUCGGAACUAUCAUCAAAUUUUACGCCGCAGCAUAGGCGUUUCAGUGCAGUGCAAUGCCUUGAAAGUGACCGAGCAAUAUAACCAGAUGUGGCAGGCCCUUCGAUCAAAGGAAGUUGUGUGGUUCUUCAGUACAGGAGAGUUGAUAGGGUGUCCGACGAAAGAAUGCUGUCCUAAAUGUGUAGAGCUACGCAUCAAAAGCGGUAAAACGCCCUGGUGCCGCGACUACCCAAUACUAGCAGAAUACCUGGAGGCACAGAUGGAGAGCACAAGAGAAAACCCGAGCAUCUACAACGAGGACCGAGACAUGUUUUUAAGAAGGGAUAGUCCCGUGUCGUGCUAUCAUUACAAGCUGAUGAUGUUUGGAAUGUUUCAUAACAAGGAGUUCCGUAACACGGUGUGGGCUCGGCUUCCUGAGCUGCCGAGAGUGGGUAUGUUUACACACUGGCUAAGAUUGUGUGCUGUAGAAGCUGAUUGCAACGGGGAGAAGGUUCCUCUAUACAUGAUUGUUGCAACAUGGUUCUAUCACGAGAGU